GGCGGGGCCAAGAAAGGGGCGGGGCCAGGGAGAGGUGUGUCUGCGCUGUGCCGAUGUCGCGCCCUCCGCGCCUGGAACGCACCGAAGGUCCCCGCGUGGUGUCGCAGUCGGCCGGAGCCUUUCCGCGGCGCGGUGCAGAUGAUGGCCAAGCGGAGAAGGUCCUGAAGCUUACAUGAAAUGUCCUAUAGAUACUGCUCAGUAGUAGCCCAGGUGGACUAAGCAUGUGCUAAGAUGGCAAUGCAGCUGCAGUAUGAACCACUCUACAGAAGUGAGUUGCUGCCAGAUUUGUUAGUGUCUCAGUGGCUUGAUGGCUGUCACUCGCUCUGUCUCUAAACCAAAGCCAUCUUUCUACCAAAGCAAUAAAGGGACAGUGCACAAUGUGACUACAGAAUGCUAUUUCCACUUAAGUGAACUGUGAAGAAAGGACUCAUGAAUUUUGAUCACAGGGGCUUGGAGAGCUCUGAUGCCUGCUCCAGUGAGGAUCUUCCUGAGGUAGAGUUGGUGAGCAUGCUAGAAGAACAGUUGCCUGAUUACAAGUUAAGAGUGGACUCUCUGUACCUGUAUGAAAAUCAAGACUGUAUUUCGUCCCCUGCCUGCCAUGGACAUCUUCCUCAAAUCUCUUCUCCAGUUCGUGAUGGGGAGCCAUUCCGUUACAUGACUCUUAUUGAACUUCCUUCCUCCUCCUUGACUGCGUCUCACAAAUUUCCUCAAGUUCUUGGCACAGAUAAUGUGGAGCAGAAAACGUACAGUGAUGCUGACAUGGUCAAACAUCUGUUAGCUGAGAAAGAUCGAGACCUGGAACUGGCGGCUCGAAUUGGACAAGCCCUCCUAAAGCGAAACCAUCUGUUGACGGAACAGAAUGAAGCACUAGAAGAACAGUUAGGCCAAACACUAGAUCGAGUUAACCAGCUGCAGCAUGAACUGUCAAAGAAAGAUGACCUGCUUCGUAUUGUUUCGAUUGCUUCCGAGGAGAGUGAAACAGAUUCCAGCUGUUCUACACCACUUCGUUUCAAUGAGUCUUUCAAUAUAUCACAUGAUCUGUUGCACUUGGACGUCUUGCAAGAUAAACUCAGGGAGCUGGAAGAGGAGAACCUUGCUCUCCGAUCAAAGGCUUGCCACCUGAAGACAGAAACAAUUACGUAUGAAGAGAAGGAACAGCAACUGGUCAAUGACUGUGUCAAAGAGCUCCGGCAAACGAAUGCUCAAAUUUCCAGAAUAACGGAGGAGUUGUCAGAGAAGAGUGAGGAGGUGGUUCGCUACCAGGAAGAGAUCUCAUCCCUCUUGUCUCAGAUUGUUGAUCUUCAGCAUAAACUCAAAGAACAUGUGCUUGAAAAGGAGGAGCUGAAACUUCAUUUACAAGCUUCUAAAGAUGCUCAGAGACAACUGACAGCAGAGCUACAUGAGUUGCAAGAUCGGAAUGCAGAGUGUCUAGGGAUGUUGCACGAAUCACAAGAAGAAGUGAAGUUGCUGCGCAGCAGAGCCAGCUCUGUAGCGUGUCUCUGCCACUCCCAGUCAUGUGGAGCAUUUCCUGAUUCCCUUGCAGCAGAAAUCGAAGGGACAAUGCGGAAGGAGUUGAGUCAGGGUGAUGAAUCAGUUCUCUCCAAGCAAAAAUGUCAACAGAAACGAGUGUUUGACACUGUCAGGGUUGCUAAUGUCACUCGUGGCCGUUGCUCUUCCUUUCCUGUCCCAUUGCCAAUCCCUGGAUCUAAUCGGUCAACUGCUGUUAUGACUGCAAAACCCUUCGAGUCUGGUGUACAUCAGUUGGAGAGCCACACACAGAGGACCCAGAGGAGCAGCUCUGAGAAGAUUUUGAAAGACACUCAUAAUCCUGGCCAGCCGGGAACCCCUGGAGACAAUGACUUAGUCAGAGCUCUGCACAGGCUCUCUCUCCGUCAUCAGAACUACCUAAGUGAGAAGCAGUUCUUUCAGGAGGAAUGGGAGCGAAAAAUGCAUUUGCUGGCUGAGCAGAAAGAAGGGGCUAGUGACUGCAAUACACCAACAGAAAGCUGUUUUUCCCUGGGUACAAACUUGGAAUUUAGUGAUCUCUCUGCCAGCUCUAGUAAUCUCCGUGUCCUCCUACCAGAAAAAUUGCAGAUUGUCAAACCCAUUGAAGGAUCUCAGACCCUGUUUCACUGGCAGCAGCUUGCUCGGCCCAACCUAGGCACCAUUCUUGACCCAAGACCAGGUGUUGUUACAAAAGGUUUUACCCCUCUGCCUGAUGAUACUGUGUACCACAUCUCUGACCUGGAGGAGGAUGAUGGGGAAGAAGGUGAAGGAGGUAUAACAUUUCAAGUGCAACAGUCCCUCCCAGAGGAAAAGAAACAUACAAUGACAAAGCCAGUGGCAGGAAUUUUCCUACCACCUAUUACUUCAGCAGCAGUACCACUCACUGCCCCGAAUCCAGGGAAGUGUCUGUCUUCCACGAAUUCCACAUUUACCUUUACUACCUGUAGGAUCCUUCACCCAUCAGAUGUCACUCAAGUUACUCCCAGCUCAAUGGGUGCCUCAUUUUCACUUGGAAAUACCGGCAGCAGCACUGGAAAUGCAGUAGUGAGCACUCCAGCCGUUUCUUACAGGUUUAGUAUUGGAGAAUUUCUCACCAACAGAAGAGAUUCAACCACUACCUUCAGCAGCACGAGCAGUCUGGCUAAACUUUUGCAAGAACGAGGCAUCUCUGCCAAGGUCUAUGAUAGCCCUCUAUUAGAAAAACUGCCAUUGGUGCAGCCCCCUCGAGUUCUCCCCAUUCCUUCUACUCCACCAAAUUCUCCCUCUCGUUCACCUUGUCCUUCCCCUCCACCAUUUGAGCCUCGAGUGCAUCACUCAGAAAAUUUCCUGGCUUCUCGACCAGCAGAAACAUUCUUGCAAGAACUGUAUGGCCUAAAGCCCUCCCGUAACUCUCCAGACGUAGGCCAGCUGAAGAUGAGCCUCGUGGACAGGCUGAAGAGGCUGGGUAUUGCCAGGGUGAUCCAGCCCCCUGAGACACAGGACCACAGGAAUAAUCAGGGGCCAGAGGUUACCUUGCGGAGACAGGAUUCAGCUGUGUUUUUAAAUGCAGGUAGCAACUUAAUGGCAGGACUGAGAAGGAACCAGAGUCUUCCAGCAAUGAUUGGAGCGUUGGGAGCUCCGGUUUGCACACAGUCAUCAAAAAUGGAUAUCCUAAAGGAGGACUGACUGGUCUGAAAAAUGGCUGACUUCUAGUAAGUGAUACAUGAGGGAAAAACAUCCAGCACAGGCAUCGUUGGAUGUGUUACAGAAGAGUUGAAGAAGGCACGUGCAUGUUCAAGAUGUGGGAGAGAGAAGGAUUGGGAUCAAGGAGAAGAAAGAAAUACACUGCUUGGGUUUGAGGAAGAAGGCUUUUGUAGAAAAUUACAAAAGAAGAAACCAAAGCUUAGUUUGGAGACCCCCCCCUUUAGCGUCUGUCUUAAUUUAAGCAAAAAUAAAGACCAUUGUAGGCAUUUUCAGUAUUUUAACCUUUUCAGCUGUAUCUGUUGAACUGUCCUGCAGGUGCUGUUCUAUGUUCUAUGACCAUAGUAUUUUACUACUUGUAUAGCAGUCAGGCUGUAUCAUUUAACUAUAAUAUUAACAUAACAGGCAGUCCAACUGGCAUUAUUGGUCCAAGUUCCUCUCUGUAGCAAGCAGAUAUGAAAACUUGGAUUUUUUAAAAUGUUUUUAAUUUUUGUAUUUUCCAUUUCAGAAAUUACUCUCAAACUCCUCUAAGGGGAGAGAACAUUUAGCUGUCUGCAAGACAACAGUACUUCUGUUUACAAACACAGAAACUCAUGGCCAGAAUUUAUGUUUUGAAAGAGUGCAGUUGUGCUAGUGAGGUAUUCACAGAAGUUAAUUUCUUUCCAGAGCUUUUGAAGCACUCAGAGGAAGGUGCAAUGAAUAACAAUUAAGCAGCAGGAUACUGUAAUUAGGAUGAAAACAUCAAGCUAAGACAUCUUUCCAAAGUGAGCUGUGCAUCUUUUUAAACAAGGAUAUUUUUGCACAGACAAAUAACCAUCUCAAGCACAUUUCACUCUUGCAAAAGGAAAUAAAACCAAGAUGCUUGAUUCAGGGUUUCUCUUUAUUUGACAUGAGCAGGGAGCAUUUACUUCAAGACAAGUGUUGGAAAAAUCAGUAACCCGACUCUUCUCUCAACAGGUAGACAUAUAUAUUUGAGAGUUCUUCAGUGAACUUCAUGCCUUUCAUUCACUUAUUUCUGAUUUUAGGCUGGAUUUUGUAUCAAAGACUUAAUUAAGAGCAAAAAUGUCUGUAUUCAGAAACAGGAAUAUGAAAGCUAGUGUUUCUUGUAGCAUUUUUAUGAACUUAUAGUAGUGUUGUCUACAUUGAAACCCUGUGUUUUGAUGAUGUAGGGUGGUUCUGAAGAAAGCUGAGGUUGACUUUCCGUCUCAAAGGAGAAGUCCAUUUUGGAAGUCUGAUAUCUGAGUGGUAAUUGGCAAACUACCGCUGCCCCUGCUGCUUUUUGGAUUCUUUCCUGCCCAGGGUUCUAGUCCUGACUCAGUAAUCUACAAUAGAUUAUAGUGUAACUUAAAGAAGAAAAAAGGUUGCCCAAAAUUCCUCGGAGGAAUGGGUCUGCACUAGUGAUCUGAAUGGGAGCAGGUUCCUAAUCGUUGUGUAAUUUUUCACAGUAACUAACAACAUUUUAAAAUUAUUUUAAAGUUUCAUUUCCACAUAAUUAGAUAGAACAGAGUUUACCUUGCUUGUGUCAGUGCCUGUGGGGCAUAGCCGGGACCUGUCUGGGUGCGUGGUGUGAAGCAUCAGUGUAAUUACACUGAUAGGCAUUUGCCGUGAGGCGCAUCCGCCAUCAUCAGCACCGUUGUUGCUGCAGGGCUGAGUGGAGUAGGGCACGAAAAGAAAGCCUCUUCACCUGGUUUAUAGGAAACUUGUAAUGUGGCCUUUCUGCUUUUACAGUUCUAUAGGUCUUCUGAUGACUCUUUGAUGUAACAGUUGUCUUUUGUAAAGGUAAAGGGAAAAGGAGUAACCACUUCAAACUUGCACAGAGUUUCUCAGCAGAAACUUAACCUGUCAGCAGCGCACAGAAAUAUUCAGGAAAUCCUGGAGCUGCCUUUUGCUCUCGAAGCAAAAUCUUACUCUUACAAAAAGGUGAAUUUUAUUUUUAAAUACUAUAUACGGGUUAAUUUUGGUUUUAAAAAGAAAAAUAUUUAACUUCUCCAUGUAAGUAUUUAUGCUUGUCCGUACUUAGCUGUGCAUGGGUCUUACCAGGCUAAAUAAGGCAAGAGUGAGAGGAGUUGGGGAGGUGAUUCUGCUCUCCACUGCACUCAGAGGGGUGAGUCUGCUGUGUAUGUCUAACUUCUAGGGAAAUAACAGGAAUGAGUUAACAGAAGAUCAGAUAGUUUGGUAGGACAGAGAAGUGUACAGCGUAUCAAAAGCAUGUCCUGUCCUUUUAUGUGUGUUUAUUGUAGGGAUACAUGUAAGUUACAGAUCAAUUUUUGAAGGUAUUACACUGUUUCUAACGCUUCCUUAGAGAACUCCCACCAGUGGGUCAUUCUGUGCGUUAGCAGAAGCUGCAAAUCAACUAAAUCGGGAUUCUUUGGCAUAUGUAUUUUCAGUUAAAAUUAAUCUAAAAGCACAUUAAUUAAAUGCAUGUUUCUCUUUGGGAUGCUACAUAUUCCAUAGCUCAACAGUAUAAGCUGGUUCAGUUCAGACAAUACUGUGGAUUGGUUUGUCUGUUUUCUCUAGGAUAAUGUAGCACCAGAUACUUUACACAAGGUGCAAAGAAAACGGAAGGAUCCAUAUACCAUUGUGUUUGUGUGUUUAUCCGGCUGGUUGAUGUGUGGUGCAGUGUUGUUGAAAUUCCGUCAUGCAUUUAUACCUUUGAGUGGCCGCAGGCAUUUUGUACAUAGGUACCUAGGU